CUCCCGCCCGCACCGACUCGCUCCCGGCCGCCUCCAUCCAUCCCGGCCGCGGCGGGCGCCGGGCGGGACGCGGCACACGGGAUACGGGACACGGGACACGGGACCCCGCGCUCCCCACGCGUGAAGACCCCGCGAUCUCUCUCCGCCGCGGGAAUGCGCUUUCUCCGAGCACUCCUGCCUAACCCCGGCCGGCAACCUGUGGGCUGAUCUUCUUCCCCCUCGGCAACCUGUGGGCUGAUCUUCUUCCCCCUCGGCAACCUGUGGGCUGAUCUUCUUCCCCCUCGGCAACCUGUGGGCUGAUCUUCUUCCCCCUCGGCAACUUUUCGGGCUGAUCUUCUUCCCCCUCGGCAACUUUUUGGGCUGAUCUUCUUCCCCCCGGCAACUCUGGGGUUGCCCUUCGCCCGGUGCUUCCCGGCUGCCUUCUCCUCGUCGGGCUCCUCCGCCGCCUCCCUUUGCGGAAGGAAAGCUUCCACUCCUUCAACAGCAGUGAUUUUGCUGGGUGGUUUUUCUUAUUUUUUAUUUUUUUUUUUUUUUUAACUGUGGCUGGCGGCUUUUGGUUUUCCGUGUGUGUGUGUCUGUGUGUGUGUGUCUGUGUGUGGGGGCUUUUCGGAGCAGGCUGGCGAUGUCCAUCCCGCUGGACGAGAGAAAAGCCAUGUUUCCGAGAGCAGGCUUCCACCUGCUGCGGUUCAAAUACUGUUAAGCAGCCGGUUUCUGUGGCCGAAUUAGAGGAAGACGGUCUCAGAUACUAAAAAAAAAAAAAAGGAGAGAGAGAGAGAGAGAAUUGGCAAUGAGUGCCGAAGUUGUUGCAGACUGUUGGUUUGACUGCUGAGGAGGACGUGAGUGGGAGAGAGAGAGCGCUGUUGCACACACAAAACCACAGAGAGAACCCACAAUUUAACCAACAUCCCCAAACCCAAGUUUUCGGCUGUGGACCUUUUAGCCUCAGAGCUUGCGAUCGGCUGCGACCUUUCUUUAAACCGAUGAAAGGCGUUACACCAAAGAUAGAGAUUCGAGGCUCGAAUGCAAUGCCCUGAGCUUUUCUUUUUUCACCUUUUUUUUUUUUUUGCCUUUUUUUUUUGCGCAAGAAUAAUCGAGAGGUCAUGACACGACUACUCUUAGAGAGACGCGAACCAAACUACUGAAGCUCAUUUUCAAGGCUGCUUAAAAAAAAAAAAAAAAAAAAAAAAAAAAAAAGAAAGAAAAAACUCGCAGAGAACAUUAAUGGAUUCCUGUUGUGUUUAAAUUCUCUACAGAUUAUACUGUAAAUAUUUUAUGAAGUCCGGUAUAUGUGUGUGUGGUUGCGUGUGUGGACGUGAAUAUAUAUAUACACAGUUGUAGCCAGCUGACCUUUGAUCACCAAGUCUCGCUCUCGUACCGCCUUCUCUGAAGACAACCCCGAAUUUCCCUCUCGAAAAGAGCCAUUUUUUGCCCGCGGAAGACGCCGCUGUGGUUUAUUUUCUCUUGGGACUGUAGAAAAAUCACCUGGAAGAAACCGAUAGGCGGCUGGCAGGGAAGCCCAGGCUUUGCGCGUGUUUCUUGUUACUUGGUCGCCUCCCUUCUUCUUUUUAUUUUUUUUUUUUUCCUUUUUUUUUCCCCUUGGGGAGUUUGGAAUGAGCUUUCUCCCCGAGAACUUUUCGUGGCCCGGCCGCGGACUCGAUGGGCGGUAAAGCCCCGCACGGACGCCCCUUGGGUUUAUCGGAUUAACGUGUUCGUUCCGCCGCUCCAGGGAGCCAAGAGUUAAGUCUGGGCGCGCUCUCUCUAUAUCUCAGCAAAAAAAAAAAAAAUUAACUUCGGGGACUGGCGUAGAAACGAGUUUCCCGCGGGUCCUCGGCCCGUCUCCGUUUAUGUUGGUCCCCAGAGAGCGGCUCGCCGAAGAGUUGCGCUCGCCUCGCUGUUCUGUGAGAACUCCGUGGAGGUCCCUCACUCAAAAGGCUUGUUGUGAUGCGUAUCCCCGUAGAUACCAGCACCAGCCGCCGCUUCACGCCGCCCUCCACCACGCUGAGCCCGGGGAAGAUGAGCGAGCCGCUGGCGCUGCCCGGCGCCGAGCACGGCGGGGCUUUGCCGGGGAAGCUGCGCGGCGCCGACCGCAGCAUGGUGGAGGUCCUGGCCGACCACCCCGGGGAGCUGGUGCGCACCGACAGCCCCAACUUCCUCUGCUCCGUGCUGCCCACCCACUGGCGCUGCAACAAGACGCUGCCCAUCGCCUUCAAGGUGGUGGCCCUGGGGGACGUCCCCGACGGGACGCUGGUGACGGUGAUGGCCGGGAACGACGAGAACUACUCGGCGGAGCUGCGGAACGCCACGGCCGCCAUGAAGAACCAGGUGGCGCGGUUCAACGACCUCCGCUUCGUGGGCAGGAGCGGGAGAGGGAAAAGCUUCACGUUGACAAUCACGGUGUUCACCAACCCCCCCCAAGUAGCCACAUACCACAGAGCCAUCAAGAUAACAGUGGAUGGACCUCGGGAACCCAGAAGACACCGUCAGAAAAUAGAUGAGCAGACAAAGCCCGGCAGUUUGUCCUUCUCCGAGCGCCUGAGCGAGCUGGAGCAGCUGCGUCGCACGGCCAUGAGGGUCAGCCCACACCACCCAGCCCCCACAGCCAACCCACGGGCCUCCCUGAACCACUCCACUGCUUUUAACCCUCAGCCUCAGAGCCAGAUCCAGGACACGAGGCAGGUGCAGCCGUCCCCGCCGUGGUCCUACGACCAGUCCUACCAGUACCUGGGCUCCAUCGCCGCGCCCUCGGUGCACCCGGCCACGCCGAUCUCGCCGGGCCGGGCCGGCGGCAUGUCCUCGCUCACCGCCGAGCUCUCCAGCCGCCUCUCCAGUGAUGAUCCUGGGAUUCUGGGAUUCUUUAACCCAUCCGCUCUCCCUCCCUCCCGCCCAGGCGCUUCGGACCUGACGGCCUUCAGCGACCCCCGGGUGGGCAUCGACCGCUCCUUCCCGGCGCUGCCGUCCAUCUCCGACCCGCGGAUGCACUACCCGGGGGCCUUCACCUACACGCCCACGCCCGUCAGCUCCGGCAUCGGCAUCGGCAUGUCCGCCAUGUCCACGGCCUCCCGCUACCACACGUACCUCCCGCCGCCCUACCCGGGCUCCUCGCAGGCCCAGGGCGGCCCUUUCCAGGCCGGCUCCCCUUCCUACCACCUGUACUACGGCACCUCGGCCGGCUCCUACCAGUUCUCCAUGCUCUCCGGGGGCGACCGCUCCCCGCCGCGCAUCCACCCGCCCUGCACCAACGCCUCCACGGGCUCGGCGCUGCUCAACCCCAACCUGCCCAGCCAGAGCGACGUGGUGGAGGCCGAGGGCAGCCACAGCAACUCGCCCACCAACAUGGCCAGCACGGCGCGGCUCGAGGAGGCCGUCUGGAGGCCCUACUGAUCCCCCGGGAGCUUCCCCGGGGGCAGGACUGCCGCGCCGUCCCGGUGCAUCCCGCCGUCGGUUUGAGGAGCCAACCCUCCAGGAGCUGCGGCACAGGCCCUGGAGAAGCACCAGGACAUCCCUGAGCUUCGGGGGGAAAGGAGGACGCCCCGCUUUGGUGGCCCGUUUGUCUGGGUAGGAAGGUUUGUCUCCAAGGCCCCGUGGCUUUUCCUGGGCUUUAUGAAGGUUCUCCGCAAAAAAAAAAAAAAAGAGAGAGAGAGAGAGAGUGUGUUUCGGUUCACUUCUAUUUUUAGGACUUAAAAAACUAAAACCAAAAAAAACCAAAAAAAAAACCACAAAAAAAAACCCACAAAAAAAAAAAUUUAAAAAAACCCAUAGUGAGUUUACUGCAUCUUAUGGACAUUUUAACUAUAAGGAAAGUAUAGGAAGAUUCCCAGAGGGAAACUGUGAACGCUCCUGUUUUAGCAAUGCUGUGAAUGAGAGGUUUUUUUUAUACGUUGGACUUCGUUCUUUCUUUGCUUUGUUUUGUUGAUUUGUUGGGUUUUUUUUAAACCACGUUGUAUAUUCCAAAGAAUAUGGAAUUUUUUUAUGGCUGGGGUUUUGGGUUUUUUGGGGGGUUUGGUUUUGUUUUGUUUGGGUUUUUUUUUUUUUUUUUUAAGGAUGCAGCUCAUCCUGCUUUGCAUCUAAUUUCUCUUGGCACCUUAUAAAUUGCAAAAACAAGAAGAUUUUGCUCUUUUUUGUUUUGUUUUGUUUUAAUCACGCUCGCUUCUUUCUUGCUUUGUCAACUGAAAGAAUCAGCCCCUUUUUCAAUGAGUUAAUUUAACUUUUUAUCUCUUGGACUUCUAUUUUUUUUUUUUUUACCACAAUGGCUACAGCCUUGGGUCAUUUUCAACUACUGUACUUCUUUGAUGAGUUCAUUGAUAUUUAUGCUUGAUAUUUAGACUUUUCUUAUUUGUUGAUACUAUUAUUAUUUAAAUGUGCCUAUAUUAAAAAAAAAAUAUCAGCAAUUGCCUUUUUUUGGUAGCAGCCAAAGUCAAAUUUAUCCCAUGGAAAAAGGCUGGAUAACGAUGGGUAAAGUGACCUCCUAAUUACCUAGAAAUGUUGUUUACAAUUAUCUCACUCUCAGCUCACUGGGCUCAGAUUCCCAAAGGCAUUGAGGUGCCAAAUUCCCGCCGGAAGGCACCAAAAUCCCUGGGAAUUUCAGUGGAGUCAUCUCUCCCUGUUGCUCCCACGCUUUUCCUUCGUCGCCAGUGGUGACCCUCAGGAUCAGGGAUCAGGAUGUAGGUAUUCCACGAGGCAGAUUCAAUAUUCCCUAAUUAAUGGGGAAUUCCCUAAUUAACGGCUCCGCUCUGCUCCCAGGCUUGCCUGGGCUUCCCAACGGUGCCAGUGGUGGCCUCCUGGUCCUUCAGAAGUGAAAGCCAACCCGCAGAUUUGAGGGUGGUGAGGCACUGGAACAGGUUGCCCGGAGAAUUUGUGGCUGCCCCAUCUUUGGGAGUGUCCAAGGCCAAGUUGGAUGGAGCUCUGAGCAACCCGGUCUAGUGGACGGCUCCCUGUCCGUGGCAGGGGGUUGGGUUGGAUGGUCUUUAAGGUCCCUUCCAACCCAAACCACUCCAUGGUUCAUUUUAGGCAGGGCACAAGCACAUCAGAUGUCACUGUAAAGUUUAUUUUUUAUGUGAGGGCACUGUUUGAUUGGGAGGGUUUGAUCCCAGGGCAGUCCUUGUGCUGCUCCUCGAGCCCGAACUGCCGAUGCUGCGCGUCCCAAACGAGCUGAUUGUUAUUUAAUGUACCUCUUGAAACGAGUGAAACCAAUUGCAGGUCAACUCAGAGAGUUAUUUGAAAGCAGGGCUUCAGAUCAGUGUUUGAUGUUGUAAAA